GCCCCCGCGGGACGCUUAAGGUGGCCGGUUAGGUCCAGCCCGGACUGGCGGCCAGGCAGCCUCCCCUAUGCCAAACAGGACUUUUCCCUUUGUGGACAGAUGCCAAGAGAGGCAAUCCAGGAAAAGCGCGCCAGGCUGUGGGGAGGGGAGGGGUAAAGAAAGAGGAGAGGCAGAGGGGAAAAGAUGGGACGCGUAGAUGCAGCGGCUGGUGCCAGCCCCCAGCCCUUGUGCGGCUGGCAGGGAGAGAGUUAAUGCCGCCCGGCCUCUAUGAUAAUGAGCUGCAUGGUAAUAUAGAGAGAGGGGCAGGCUCAGUAGGCUCUGCCGCCGCGGCUGCUGUAGCUGCCGGGCGAUGAGCCGUCAGUGCCAGACUGGAGCAGGAGCUGGGGCUGAGCGCAGUUCCUGGGAAUUUUUCAGCUGGUUCAGCGAGCGAGCGAGCGAGUGAGCGAAAGGGAGAACGAGAGAGACACUGAGAGGAGAAGGAGAGAUUAAAAAGAGAGGAGACAGAAAGAGAGAGAUACAAGGAGAGACAACACACGCACGCACACACAUGCACACACACACACAUAGACACACGUGUGUGUGAAACAGAUCCCCGGAGGAAAUAGGACUGUGAAAGAGUCGAAGAGAAAUAAGGGAAGGAAGCGCUGGGAUUGCUGAUGUCAGAGGGAGCCCGGAAAGUCGCGGUGGAAAAAAUCGGAAGACAGGCACUGCUUGGAUCAUUCUGAAGAAAAGAGAUUGCCACCUACCCCGGCGCGCUCACACACACACACACACACACCCCUUUCGGCGCCCCCUCCCCAAAAUCAAGGCAGCCGAGCCCUGGCUUCGGGGGCUGGGGAACCCUGAACAACUAGAGGAAGGCGCUGAUCGGAGACCGGCGGCGGGGCGACUUGAGGAAUACAGAUAAGUGGCUGGCGGCUUGACGUGGAUUUUAAUGAAUUUGGGCUCCAUGUGGAUGUUUUCGUCUCUGUGAAUCCGAGCUGGGGGCAGGGAGCGAGGCUCCGCGAAGCCCCCGGGGGCCAAGGCAAGCGGGCAGCCGGACAGACAGACAUCGGCAGGCUGGAACCAUGUGAGUCUCCCCCUUGGAGUGUGGGCUAAAGCAGACCUUGGAGAAUCUGUCUCCUCUCCCUCCCCCCCUCAGAAUGGAACAGAAGAGACCUUGGCCUCGGGUCCCAAACUCCCAUGGUUGGCCGGUGGUUCUGUUCUCAGUAGUUUGGGGACUGCUCCUACCGCUGACGGCGGGCACAUCCCCAGUCAGCACCUUCCACUCCGAGAACAGAGACUGGACCUUCAACCACUUGACUGUGCACAAGGGCACGGGGGCCGUGUACGUGGGGGCCAUCAACCGGGUCUACAAGCUAUCGGGAAACUUGACCAUCCAGGUGGCCCAUAAGACGGGGCCGGAGGAGGACAACAAGUCCUGCUACCCACCCCUCAUCGUCCAGCCCUGCAGCGAGGUGCUCACCCUCACCAACAAUGUGAACAAGCUGCUCAUCAUCGACUACUCUGAAAACCGCCUGCUGGCCUGUGGUAGCCUGUACCAAGGAGUGUGUAAGUUACUCCGGCUCGACGACCUCUUCAUCCUCGUGGAGCCAUCCCACAAGAAGGAGCACUACCUAUCAAGCGUCAACAAGACAGGCACCAUGUAUGGGGUGAUUGUGCGCUCCGAGGGAGAAGACGGCAAGCUCUUCAUCGGCACGGCCGUGGAUGGCAAGCAGGACUAUUUCCCCACGUUAUCCAGCCGCAAGCUUCCGCGGGACCCAGAAUCUUCCGCCAUGCUGGAUUAUGAGCUGCACAGCGAUUUUGUCUCCUCCCUCAUCAAGAUCCCCUCGGACACCCUGGCCCUCGUCUCCCAUUUUGACAUCUUCUAUAUUUACGGUUUCGCCAGUGGCAGCUUCGUCUAUUUCCUCACCGUCCAACCGGAGACGCCGGAAGGUGUUGCCAUCAAUUCGGCGGGUGACCUCUUCUACACCUCCCGCAUCGUGCGACUCUGCAAGAACGACCCCAAGUUCCAUUCCUAUGUCUCGUUGCCCUUUGGUUGUACUCGGGCUGGAGUGGAGUACCGCCUGCUGCAGGCUGCCUACCUCUCCAAACCUGGAGACUCUCUGGCCAGGGCUCUGAACAUCAGCAGCCAGGAUGACGUUCUCUUUGCCAUCUUCUCCAAGGGGCAGAAGCAGUACCACCACCCUCCUGAUGACUCGGCCCUCUGUGCCUUCCCCAUCCGGGCCAUUAACACCCAGAUCAAGGAACGUUUACAGUCUUGCUAUCAGGGUGAGGGCAACCUGGAACUCAACUGGCUGCUGGGGAAAGAUGUCCAGUGCACCAAGGCGCCGGUCCCCAUAGAUGACAAUUUCUGUGGCCUGGACAUCAACCAGCCUUUGGGGGGCUCCACUCCGGUGGAAGGGCUCACCCUCUUCACUACCAGCCGGGACCGAAUGACAUCAGUCGCCUCCUAUGUCUACAAUGGCUACAGUGUGGUCUUUGUAGGCACCAAGAGUGGCAAGCUGAAAAAGAUCCGAGCAGAUGGUCCUCCCCAUGGAGGGGUUCAAUAUGAAAUGGUCUCCAUUCUCAAAGAUGGCAGCCCUAUUCUCCGGGACAUGGCCUUCUCCAUUGACCAGCGUUACUUAUACGUCAUGUCCGAGAGACAGGUUUCCAGGGUCCCAGUAGAGUCCUGUGAACAGUACACAACCUGUGGGGAGUGCCUGAGCUCAGGGGACCCUCACUGUGGCUGGUGCGCCCUACACAACAUGUGCUCCCGGAGGGACAAAUGCCAGAGGGCCCGGGAAGCUAACAGGUUUGCUGCCUCUAUCAGCCAGUGCAUGAGCCUCCAGGUCAAGCCCAGCAGCAUCUCCGUCUCUGAACACAGCCGCCUGCUCAGCCUGACCGUCAGUGAUGCCCCAGACCUGUCUGCAGGUGUUACCUGUGCUUUUGGGAACCUGACAGAGGUAGAAGGGCAGGUGGCAGGAAACCAGGUGAUCUGUGCCUCUCCUGGGGUCAAGGAUGUCCCUGCCAUCCCUCUGGAUCAAGACUGGUUUGGGCUGGAACUACAACUAAGGUCUAAGGAGACAGGAAAGAUGUUCGUCAGCACUGAGUUCAAGUUUUACAACUGCAGUGCCCACCAAUUGUGCCUGUCCUGUGUCAACAGUGCCUUCCGCUGCCAUUGGUGCAAAUAUCGAAACCUCUGUACCCAUGACCCCACGACUUGUUCCUUCCAAGAAGGCCGUAUCAAUAUUUCUGAGGACUGCCCCCAGCUGGUCCCCACAGAAGAGAUCCUGAUCCCAGUCGGGGAGGUAAAGCCAAUCACCCUGAAGGCUCGAAAUCUGCCCCAACCGCAGUCUGGCCAACGGGGCUAUGAGUGUGUCCUCAAUAUCCAGGGAGUCAUCUACCGUGUGCCCGCCCUUCGCUUCAACAGCUCCAGUGUCCAGUGCCAGAACAGCUCAUACCAGUAUGAUGGGAUGGACAUCAGCAAUCUGCCUGUGGAUUUUGCUGUAGUAUGGAAUGGCAACUUCGUCAUUGACAAUCCAGAAGACCUGAAAGUCCACCUAUACAAAUGUGCAGCCCAACGAGAGAGCUGUGGCCUCUGCCUCAAAGCUGACCGAAAGUUUGAGUGUGGCUGGUGCAGUGGUGAGCGCAGAUGUACCCUCCAUCAACACUGCUCCAACCCAACCUGGCUUGAUUGGUCCAGUCACAAUGUCAAGUGCACCAACCCUCAGAUCACAGAGAUCCUGACCAUGUCCGGCCCCCCUGAAGGAGGGACUCGAGUGACCAUUCACGGAGUAAAUUUGGGUCUAGACUUCUCCGAGAUCGCCCAGCACGUGCAGGUGGCCGGGGUGCCAUGCAAUCCCCUCCCUGGAGAGUACAUCAUUGCUGAGCAGAUUGUCUGUGAAAUGGGUCACGCACACCCAGGAAUCAGUUCCGGUCCUGUGCGCCUAUGCAUUGGCGAGUGUAAGCCAGAGUUCAUGACCACGUCCCACCAACAGUAUACCUUUGUGAACCCAACAGUGAUGUCACUUGCUCCAAUUAGGGGCCCAGAGUCUGGAGGCACCAUGGUGACCAUCACUGGCCAUUACCUAGGAGCUGGGAGUAGCGUAACUGUGUUCCUGGGAAAUCAGACCUGCGAAUUCUAUGGGAGAUCUAUGAAUGAGAUCGUGUGUGUCUCCCCACCAUCAGCCCGGGGCCUGGGCCCUGUCCCUGUUUCUGUAAGUGUGGAUCGAGCCCAUGUUGACAGCAGUCUGCAGUUUGAGUACAUCGAUGACCCCAGAGUCCAGCGCAUAGAGCCAGAGUGGAGUAUUGCCAGUGGCCACACACCCCUAACCAUCACAGGCUUCAACCUGGAUGUCAUUCAGGAGCCCAGGAUCCGAGUCAAGUUCAAUGGCAAAGAAUCUGUCAAUGUAUGUAAGGUUGUGAACACAACCACCCUGACCUGCUUAGCCCCUUCUUUGACUCCAGAAUAUCGGCCUGGUCUAGACACUGUGGAAAGGCCAGAUGAGUUUGGGUUUGUCUUCAAUAACGUGCAAUCCUUGCUGAUCUAUAAUGACACCAAGUUCAUCUACUAUCCCAAUCCAACCUUUGAACUGCUUAGUCCUACUGGGGUCUUGGACCAGAAGCCAGGAUCUCCAAUCAUACUAAAGGGCAAAAACCUUUGCCCCCCAGCCUCAGGGGGAGCCAAGCUGAACUACACAGUGCUGAUUGGAGAGACCCCCUGUGCGGUCACUGUGUCUGAGACACAGCUCCUCUGUGAACCCCCAAACCUCACAGGACAACACAAGGUUAUGGUCCACGUAGGUGGGAUGGUAUUCUCACCUGGCUCUGUGAGCGUCAUCUCAGACAGCCUGCUGACACUGCCAGCCAUCGUCAGUAUUGCAGCAGGUGGAAGCCUCCUGCUUAUCAUUGUCAUCAUCGUCCUCAUUGCCUAUAAGCGCAAAUCUCGAGAGAAUGACCUCACCCUCAAGCGCCUUCAGAUGCAGAUGGACAACCUGGAGUCCCGAGUGGCCCUGGAGUGUAAGGAAGCUUUUGCUGAGCUGCAGACGGACAUCAAUGAGUUGACCAGUGACCUGGACCGCUCAGGGAUCCCCUACCUGGACUACCGGACCUACGCCAUGAGGGUUCUGUUCCCGGGCAUCGAGGACCACCCUGUCCUUCGGGAACUGGAGGUCCAGGGGAAUGGGCAGCAACACGUGGAGAAGGCGCUAAAGCUCUUUGCCCAGCUCAUCAACAAUAAAGUCUUCUUGCUGACCUUCAUCCGAACUCUGGAGCUGCAACGCAGCUUUUCCAUGCGAGACCGAGGCAAUGUAGCCUCACUCAUCAUGACCGGGCUGCAGGGUCGGCUAGAGUACGCUACUGAUGUGCUCAAACAGCUGUUGUCUGACCUCAUCGACAAGAACCUGGAGAACAAGAACCACCCCAAACUGCUGCUUCGCAGGACUGAGUCUGUGGCUGAGAAGAUGCUUACCAACUGGUUUGCCUUCCUCCUACACAAAUUCCUAAAGGAAUGUGCUGGAGAACCACUCUUUAUGCUCUACUGUGCCAUCAAGCAACAAAUGGAGAAGGGCCCAAUUGAUGCCAUCACAGGGGAGGCCCGAUACUCCCUGAGUGAGGACAAACUCAUUCGACAGCAAAUUGAGUACAAGACUCUGAUCCUGAACUGUGUGAAUCCAGACAAUGAGAACAGCCCAGAGAUCCCAGUAAAGGUGUUAAACUGUGACACAAUCACACAAGUCAAAGAGAAGAUCCUGGAUGCUGUGUAUAAGAAUGUGCCCUAUUCUCAGCGGCCCCGAGCUGUAGACAUGGAUUUGGAGUGGCGCCAGGGACGGAUUGCCAGAGUGGUACUACAAGAUGAAGACAUCACCACCAAGAUUGAGGGGGACUGGAAAAGGCUCAACACAUUGAUGCAUUAUCAGGUGUCAGACCGCUCUGUGGUAGCUCUUGUCCCCAAACAGACCUCCUCCUACAACAUCCCCCCCUCUGCCAGCAUCUCCCGGACAUCCAUCAGUAGAUAUGAUUCAUCUUUCCGGUACACAGGAAGUCCAGACAGCCUGAGGUCCCGGGCACCUAUGAUCACCCCUGACCUGGAGAGUGGGGUCAAGGUGUGGCAUUUGGUCAAAAAUCAUGACCAUGGAGACCAGAAAGAGGGUGAUCGGGGCAGUAAGAUGGUAUCUGAAAUCUACCUGACCCGGCUGCUAGCCACCAAGGGUACAUUGCAGAAGUUUGUGGACGAUUUAUUCGAGACCUUGUUCAGCACCGUACAUCGAGGCAGUGCCCUCCCCCUGGCCAUCAAGUACAUGUUUGAUUUCUUGGAUGAGCAAGCAGACAGGCACAGCAUCCAUGAUACAGAUGUGCGUCACACCUGGAAAAGCAACUGCCUCCCUUUGAGAUUUUGGGUGAAUGUGAUCAAGAACCCCCAGUUUGUGUUCGACAUCCACAAGGGUAGCAUCACCGAUGCCUGCCUCUCAGUGGUGGCCCAGACCUUCAUGGACUCCUGCUCAACAUCUGAACACCGACUGGGCAAGGACUCCCCUUCCAACAAGCUGCUCUAUGCCAAGGACAUUCCCAGCUACAAGAGCUGGGUGGAAAGAUAUUAUGCUGAUAUUGCCAAGCUGCCGGCCAUCAGUGACCAGGACAUGAACGCCUACCUCGCAGAGCAAUCACGCCUCCACGCUGUGGAGUUUAACAUGCUCAGUGCCCUCAAUGAAAUCUACUCCUAUGUCAGCAAGUACAGUGAAGAGAUCAUUGGGGCCCUUGAGCAGGAUGAACAGGCACGAAGACAGCGACUGUCUUAUAAAGUGGAACAGCUGAUCAAUGCCAUGUCCAUUGAGAGCUGAGAGGAGGCACCUGGCACAUCUCAAAAGAAGAAAGAGAAGGGAAAGAUGAGGCAGCCUUCAAUUCUUCAAAACUGGGAGUGAAGGACUAGUGAGAAGGACUAGAGCUCCCAGGGCUCACUGAACCCAUCCUGGGGGGAGGGAGGACUGUAUCCCUCCUCCCACAUCAGCCAGGGUUCAUCCUAUCCAGUUCCCAAGUCAUGGAACAGUAGGCAUCACGCAUCCUUGGCAAGAACAAGAGAGAAAUGAGGGCCAGGAAGUCAUCCUCGAAGCCAAGAGGCAGGAACUUGGGACCAUUCUGCCUCUGUGACUGCUGCUUUGCAUGAAAAAAAAUCAUUUGAUGUAUAUUGGGAAAUAAUGAAAACUUUAUUUAAUUUUUUUUAAGAAAAAGAGAAAAAACCCACAGAAAUAAAAUAGAACAAAAAGCCACUCUGCUAAUCCCGUACCACCUUUUUUUCUUUUUUCCAUUCUGGCUUUCCCCUUCUUUCUCAUUCCCCUCCACCCUACCUCCCUCACAAGAUUCCCUUUCCAGUGACUAUUUGCAAACAGAUGAUGAGGGGAAGCUUGGGAAAGUAACUCAUUUCCUUUCCCUGGGAAAUAGAGAAAAGGAGGAGAGGAAGCAUGAGCACAAGUUUGCACCAAACAUUUUUCACAGUCACAGAGGCCAGUCAAACCUGGAAAUAUUUCAACGGCCAAGAGCUCAUUGGUUCUUCUGUGUGAACUCCUGAACCCUCAGAUGAAACCAAACCUGCCUGGCUGGAAACCAAGCUUUACAUGCACACACCUGUAUAUGAUCAUCUCUGGAGAGAAGCUUUGUCUUUAUAUAAUGUCGAUGCUUUUCACUACUGUUUCUUUUGUUUUUUGUUUUGUUUUGUUUUUGAUUCUAUGUCUAACCAACUGAGGACCUGAUCUUUGGUACCUCCCCUUGGAGCCAAGGGGCAGUGAGAUGGGCCUCUCUUCAUGCUGGGCUCAUGACCCUCACUUGGACACCAAACAUCUCCACCUCACGUGUCUUUCUCCUGCCACACUCUGCUUUGGGGAGCCGUUCCUACAUCCUAGCAGUUGACUUGGGGGGCACAGUCUAUCGGGAUUGUGAUCAGAGACCCUGAGCACUAGAAGAAGGUCUAGUGGGCCAUACAAAGGCGAUAAAAGGACCAGCUCUCCAGGCUCAAUCUGGAACUUGAUUUGGGGAAAUGGGUGUCCGGGAUUGAGAUUUCACUCCCAAUUUCUUGCAGUAAAAAAAAUACAAAAACAAACACUGUUUACAGCAGGUAAUACUUGAAAAGAGUUAGCUAAAGAAGCUACAAUAUUUAUUAUUCUUCUUUUUCAACUCUCAUGCUUGCAGAGAGAAGGAGAAUGCUUGGCAUUUAUCUUUGGACAUGUCCCUGAUGUGCAGGGCUUGCCUCUAAGGGGACCAGACCAGGCUAAAUGGUUUGACUCCCAGAGAGAUCCAAGGUCUUUGUCUUCUAUCAAUCUCUGUCAUUGGUUCUUGGAAUGGGGAGGCCAGAAGCUGGCUCAGAUCCUUCCUCCUCCAUCACUCCACUGAAGAUGAAAGGUGACCAACUUUCCUGAGUACUGUUUAACCAGAGACCAAAGCUUUUCACCUCUCUUGUCCAUGUUGCCCAUAGAGGCUAAGAAGUUUCCCCAGAUGUUGGCAUUAUCACAUAGGGAGUUGGCAGAAGCUGCUGAUCCUGGAACCACAGUAAUCUGAGAAGUCUAAAUUUUCUAUCUCUGUUAAUCUAAAUGGUCAGAAUCAUCUUCCCUGGAACUACCAUCUCUGGAAGGAGCAGCUGAAAGGAAGGGCAGGUGCUCCAGAAGAAAGAAAAGAGAGGAAGAUAAGAGAAGAGCAGCCUCUCCCUCCUUCCAUCCCUCCAAUUUGGGAAGGGGCCAGAAAUUCAGGCUUCCCCAAGGGAGAAUGGAUCAUAGCUUGUUUCCUAUUUGUUUAACUCAAAUCAUCCAUCUCUCUCACUAUCCUGCUACAGCUCCAGGCAGACCCAGUUUUCAAAGCUUCCACUGGCUGCACAAUUCCCAAGGAAAAUGGGUGAAGGAGAGCUGGCUGCCAGCCUCAGCUGUCGUGUGGCUUUGGAUUGCUGCACUAACCACACAGCAGACUCCCCUGGUCUGUUCAGCUCCAGUUUCUUGCCUGAAUACAGAGGACAAAAGGGAAGAGAAAAGCAUUCAGUGAAAUACUCAGGAAACUUGCUGUUUAAAUUAUGAUUCACAGCCAGGCAUGCCAAGUCCACUUUUCUUCUGAUAAUCCACUUCUGUUAAAGUUUCUCUGGGCCCUAUUAAUAGCCUGAAAGAAAUACUAAUGACCUUGUACAAGAAGCCAAAGCAUUUGACAUUCACAGAUCCAAAGCUUAGCGACUCAGAGCCCAUGAUUUGCAGCAAUGAGGGGGUGAAGAAGCCAAAGGGAAAAAAGAAUUGAAGAUGGAGAUUUCCUUCUCCCAACAAAGGAAUCUAUCUCUGAAUCCUUUAUGCUCGCCUUCCAGGUUUAGUUUGAAUGGUGAUAUUCUGAUGAUCCCCCUUACAGAGUUGUUCCCCCUUUCAAGAUUGCCUCCUAGAGUUUUGCAAGAACUGGAGGCUGAAGGCAAAAAGCAUCCUCUUAACCCAUCUUUCUUUGCCCACCAAUGAUUCCAUCAGACUGAUCUCACUGCUGCAGCCCUUGCCAAACCUAGAAACAGAGGGGCUACCAGCAAGGUACUGAAAGAAUGUAUCUCAUUUGAGGUACUUCCAUUUGAAAAUGAGAAGAAGAGAGUCUAAAGGGGAGGCUGCCUGAUGAGUCGCAGUGAAAGGAGCUAACCACAUGUAACUUGGCAGCCAAGAAAAAGAAUGUCAGUCAGGAAGAAUAACUUCUGGAGAAGGAUGUCGAGAAGGAAUAUCCAAAUGGAAUAUCCAAGCUGUUAUAAAGCCAUGAAGAUGAUAAGGUUCUAGAAUACCUCUCCCUCCCUGAUCCCCUAAUAGUCUCACUAAAUGAAGAACUCAGAUGUGAUAAAUUUGUUUGUCAUCCUCACUUGCCCAAUAAGUCCUUCCCAAUUUAGGGGUUCUAGGAAAGUCAUGGACAAGUAACUCUCAGUCUUACUCCCUCUCAAUGGUCAGGACAUUUAUACUUUGUCCCUCAGUCCCUUCCUCAAUGGAAUACAGGAUUGAGGGAGAGGUCUAUUCAUGCUGCCUACAAAGAUAAGCCUUCUCAAACUACCCCAAGAGAGCUUUUCUAAACCAAGAAAGUUCCCCAGCCUACCAGCCAGCUAGCCCAACAUAAAAUGUUUAUUGUUAUCAUGAGUUGAUGUUCUCCCUGGGAACAGGGAGCAGGUACCCAUGGGCUGCUGGUUUCUGCUACCAAAAGAGUGGGCAUGGACCAGCUGCCUUGUUUGUCUCUGUACUUCAAUGCCCCCACUGGUGGAAGGCAAGAGCAAUGUGGACAAAGAGCCAGCAGGAGGAAGAAAAUAAUUGGAAAAGGCCCCUGGAAUCUCCCUGCCCCUUAAAACAGGAGCAGUAAAAGUUUCCACUACCUUAGUUUGUUCCAGCUGGACUUUCUCUCACUUGCCUGAGGCUCUGACCUUCACCAAUUCCCCCCAAGGAUGACAUGAAAUAACAACAGAAGCCCCCAUAACUGCUGAGUCCACAAUAGGAAUGAUGGAUGGGUGCACGCUACAGGACAGACAAAAAUGGUCCAAACAGAACAAAUGGGGCACAUUUAUAAAGCCAUGGAAAAUAAAUCUCCAGGGGCAUUCCAGCCUCACACCUGGCCCCAUUAACCUGUUGUCAGUAAAUAUUAAGCAAGCAGCCACAAGCUAGGGAUGGAGUAUGUGUCCUUUCUAUGCCUAGUAAAUCUGCAGCAGGAAUCCUCUUCCUUAAAUUGUGGCAGCCUUCCUCUGGGAGGGGUGGGAGUAGACGUCAAGACCCAGUAUAAAGGAACAGAGUUGAAGUGGAUUGCUCUGUCCAAGGUGCUGGGGAGGAAACACCAUAUCACAGAUUCUAGGCUGAAAUGGGACUCAGCUGCUGUGGUUAAGGGUCUCUGGACAAAUCUCUCAGGAACAUCUGUGGUAGCAUCUUCACAACUCCAAAGUCUCUUUUCCCAUCUUCUUUUACCUUUCCUCAAAGACUUCAUAUUUGAUAUCUAGGGCCAGAUGCAUCACUGGAGGGAGGGAUGUAUUUUUAUUCAAACCCAGCAAUGGAAGGAACCCCAAGAGGUUAACAAAGCCUUCCCCCUUCCUCCAGGAAGGUUCCCCCAAACCAUCACAGGCAGAUAGCUGUCUUGCCUGUUUCUGGAGACUGUCAGUAAAGGUGACUAAUUCCAUGGUUAUUCCCAAUCAUAUGUGACCCACAUUGUGCCCCAACCCUCUCCUUCAGGAAGGUUUUAUUCACAUCUCACUUAAAUGAGCUGUGAUAUAAAUCCCAUUCCAUCUUGUUCUGCCCCCAAAAGAGAUAGAGAGCAGCAGGAUCUAAGGCAGGUUCUUCAUUUUCACCCCACUUCCCUGUCAAAGUUAAGUUCAAUGUGGAGAUUGAAAUGGGAAAUAGUCAGGAAGACCGGGAGUCGUGUCUUAGGUGUGUCUGGAAGGAACUAUCUCCUUACACCAAAUGGGGUAGUAGGAGCCUCAGAGUCUUUGCUUACCCCAUCGUCUAGAUCCCUUUUCCCCAGCAUACCUGCCUCUCUCCUCUUUUCUUUCCCCUAACCCCUCUUUUCUUGACACACUGGAAUUCUGUAUUGUAUUUUUUUUAAUGAGAAGAAAACAGUGUUUGUCUGGUUUUGUUGUUUUUACAGGUGUUGUGGAAAAAACUGUAAGAAAAUUUAAGUAUUUAAAAUGUUCCAAGAAAAAAAACUGGGAUUUUUUGUUAUUAUUCUAAUAUAUUAUUGUGUACCUAUUGUAAAUAUGAAACGCUCCUAUUUUGCAAGCCAAGGACACACUUUGUACUGUUGUUAUAUAUAAAUAAAGUUUACUGGAUAAAAAAAAGAAAA